GGUGCAUGACAUGUUGAUUAAAUUCAUAGGCCAAUGGUUCAAUUUUCUGCGGACGAGUCAGUCGCUUGUCGGAUGGCGACCAACGAGAUGCAGUUCUUUGACACAAAUGAUUUCACUAAAGGGAUUGUGUACAAGGUAAGAUUACCAGGCAUAGCUGCAUUGCAGCUAGCAAGUGCUCCAGGAUCUCAUGUUGCUGGAUUUGUCCCAGAGGCAAAGGGUGUUCCAGCCAGUGUUCAGAUCUUUUCUUGUGACAAGGAUGCACAAAACCAAGUUGUUGCCCGCAGGAGCUUUUUUCGCUGUUCAACUGUUCAGUUUCACUGGAACAAGGGGUCUACUGGACUUCUUAUUGUUUCCCAAGCUGAUGUGGAUAAAACCAACCAGAGUUACUACGGUGAAACCAAGUUGCACUACUUGACAACUGAUAGGGCCUUUGAAGGAAUUGUUCCUCUCAAAAAGGAGGGGCCAGUGCAUGAUGUUCAGUGGUCUUCUUCAGGUUCAGAGUUUGCUGUGGUCUAUGGAUUUAUGCCUGCCAAAGCAACAAUAUUCAACAAAAAAUGCAAUCCUCUUCAUGAGCUUGGUGAAGGCCCUUAUAAUACGAUAAGAUGGAACCCCAAAGGGCGAUUUAUUGUUAUAGCUGGAUUUGGUAAUUUGCCUGGUGAUAUGGCUUUCUGGGAUUAUUCAGAAAAGAAGUUGAUACAGAAAGCAAAGGCUGAAUGGUCUGUCAUAAGUGAAUGGUCCCCUGAUGGUCGCCAUUUUAUGACUGCUACAACAGCUCCAAGGCUUCAAAUAGAUAAUAGAAUAAAAAUAUUUGACCACACUGGAUCUCUGCAGUUUAUAAAGGAAUUUGAAAAACUGUAUCAGGUUGACUGGAAACCAGAAUCUCCUGAAAGAUUUGUUGACAUUGCUGAGCUCACGAUAUCUUUGAAUGGCUUAAAAAUUGAAGAAACAAAGAAGCAAGGACAAGGUUCUAAAUCGGCACAAACAUCAAGCAAGGCUCCUGUAAAUGUAGCAGCAAAACCUGCAGGAGCAUACCGUCCACCUCAAUCAAAGCACACUGCAGCGCUUCAAGACAAGCUUUUCGGUGGCCUUGCUCCUACCGGAGGAGAGAUGAGCAAAACUGCAUUGAGAAAUAAGAAGCGGAGGGAGAAGCAGAAGGAGAAGAAGGCUGGGGAAGGCUCUUCCGCUGAUGACAGCUGAUCCACUGGCUUGUUUUGGCAUUUUUCGCUGCUGAGUGAAAUUCAUAGUGACGAAUAGUUCCUUCAUUCCGAAGAAGAAAUGGCUAUGCAUCUUGUGAAUGAGAAAUGACGCUUUCCAGUUACACUGUAAUAUGUGAGACUCGAGUCAGAGGCACAAGAAUGACCAUAGAAUUUUACUCGACUUUUCGCGCUGAACGCACGGACAGUUUGUGUAACUAUAUCACAGAAAACAGUGGAGCUAUUUUAUUUUGUUUGUCA